AAGUAAGACCAAAGAAGAAGCAAAGGAGAUAACAAACUUCGAACUUCGGCCUUUGGGUGAGAAUGAGAUAAAAUACUGAACACAUGGAUACAUAAAUAAGGCUUCUUUCCCCUUCACCAAAGAAAAACAUCACACGGAACACAAGACUCUUGUUUUUCCUUCUUCUUUGUUAUGCUGUGUCUUUGAUAUUUUGCACAAUUUCGUUUCAUUUCAUGCGAAAUGCAAUCUUUGUCUAACUCACAACACUAACCCAUUUUUUCCAUCCAUCCAUUUCCCUUUGCUUAAUGGUUUUUUCAUCUCUAACUCUAUGGGGGCUCAGAAGAGCAUCCAUGCAGGCAAAGCCAAGAUUGAUGUUAAUGUUGAUUUCACCCACAAGAUAUGUGCUUCUAUGAUGCUUCCUUCUUUAAGGAACACUGGCAGUCCUCUAUCCCUCGUAAUUGGCAGGUAUUGUCAUUUUAGUCUUUGCAUUAAACACCCAAAUUUAUUUGGUGGAAGUGAGAAGCUUGAUGUAUCAUGGGAUAAGGGGUUAUAUGAUUCAAAUAUCUUGGUAGCUUACAGGAGGCCUCGACCACAAUGGGUUGCUCAACAAUGUUUUGUUAUGCAGCACUCACUUUCACCUGAGAUUGGUGUUCAUGGUAUACCUGUGGACAAUUUCUCUCGUUCGGGGAGUGGAGGUGUGAAUUUGUCUCGAUUUUCAGUUGGAUUGGAUCUAAAUGAACCUGCAAGUUCUAAAUGGAGCAGUACAACAAGUGUAAAGUUUGAGAAUGUUCGCCUGUUGAGUGAUGAUGGCCGCUCCAUUACCAGAGAUCUUGAUGGUUUUCCUGUCACUUGCAGUGGCAAUGCUCAUGACAGUAUGGUAGUCUUAAAGCAAGAAUCUCAAUAUGCGAAGGCAAACGAGCAUAGUUUUUCUCGUUUUACUAUGCAAAUAGAACAAGGGAUUCCAGUUCUAUCCAAGUGGUUAAUCUUCAACCGUUUCAAAUUUGUUGCAUCAAAGGGCAUCAAACUUGGACCGGCCUUUCUCUUGACAAGCCUGACAGGUGGUUCGAUUGUAGGAGAUAUGGCUCCAUAUCAAGCAUUUGCAAUCGGUGGUCUAGGCAGCGUGAGAGGGUAUGGUGAAGGUGCCGUUGGAUCUGGAAGAUCAUGUUUGGUUGCUAAUACUGAAGUGACAUUUCCUUUGAGCAAAAUGUUGGAAGGUUCUGUUUUCCUGGACUGUGGAACUGAUCUGGGCUCGGGUCGGCUUGUACCUGGAAAUCCAGCCAUGAGACAAGGUAAACCAGGAUCUGGAGUUGGGUUCGGGUACGGUCUUCGGUUCAAGUCUCCAGUUGGUCAUUUCCAGGUUGAUUAUGCCAUCAAUGCCUUUCAACAAAAGACUCUAUACUUUGGCGUCACAAAUCUUGCAUCUUGAAUUCACUUUAAAACCAUACACAAGCUGCCAAAUUUCUUCUCAUUCUGUAGCGGAAAAAGAAACACUGACAUGUUGAUUCAUGGAGAAACACUUGAAGCUUUGCCCCAUAGCGUAGUUGCAAUUUCGUGGGGGAAAAAGAUGAUGGCGUCAUUGAUUGUUAAAAGCAGUAGAGACAGGUAGGAACAUUGAAAUUAAACGGUGUCGAGGCUGAAAUUCUUUCCACAAAUAGAAGCUGCUCAAAUACCA